AUGAAAUCAAGAUUGUCGAGACAUGAAGGUGGUGUCAGUAGUGCUCAUGCUGAAGCUCAAGAGAAAUUUGAUAUGUUCACUACACCAAAAGCAUCAAUCCGAAACGCUCUUGCUUCAAACACCUCGCAGUAUAAGGCCUUGUACAAGCUCCGUUUGACAUGGACACUCAAGUGUUUGAGGUUUUUAUUGCGCCAAGUCUUGGCAUUUAGAGGACAUGAUGAGAGUGAAGAUUCACUAAAUAAAGGAAAUUUCCUUGAGCUUCUAAAUUGGCUAGCAGGAAAUUUUGAAGAGGUUGACAAAGUGGUUCUCAACAAUGCUCCACAGAACUGCAAGAUGACUCACCAUAAUAUACAACAUGAGCUGAUAAAAUGUUGUGCGCAUGAGACGACUAAACUGAUCAUUGAAGAACUCGAUGGUGGUCAUUUUGCAAUACUUGCAGAUGAGUCUAGUGACGUGUAUCAGAAUGAACAAUUGGCUAUUUGCUUGCGUUAUGUUGAUAAGAAAGGAAGAGCGGUUGUAAGAUUUCUUGGUCUUGCUCAUGUUGAAGAUACUACCUCUUUGACACUUAAGGCUGCAAUUCAGAAAAUGCUUAUGAAGUACAAUCUGACCUUCGCAAUGGUUCGUGGGCAAGGAUAUGAUGGAGUUAGUAACAUGAAAGGUAAUGCCAAUGGCCUGAAAAAACUAAUCAUGGAUGAGACUCCUUCUGCCUACUAUGUUCAUUGUUUUGCCCAUCAACUACAGCUAACUCUUGUUGCUGUUGCUAAGGAGAGUGGUGAUUGCACUUGGUUCUUUCAGCAGCUUGCACACUUGUUAAAUGCUCUUGGUAUGUCUUGCAAAAAGAUGAGGAUGCUUCGGAUUGCUCAAGCCGAGGAACUGAUUGAUGCAUUGGAAUUGGAAGAAGUAGAAACGGGGACUGGGCAAAAUCAGGAAAUGGGUUUGGGAAGACCGUGUGAUACACGUUGGGGCUCCCACUUCAGAACUGUGAAUCGUGUCCUCUCUAUGUAUGCUGCAAUACGGCGAGUCCUCUUGAAGAUUGGAAAAGCGUACCAUGGUGCGGAGGCUCAAGCAGCUCUAUCUGUGUUGACAUCAUUUCGGUCAUUUGAGUUUGUUUUCAUGGCACAUUUGAUGCAAGAAAUAUUUGGAUACACAGAUGACUUGAGCAGAGCUUUGCAAAUGAAAGAGCAAGAUAUUGUUCAUGCUAUUGAGCUAGUUGAUCUCUCAAAGUAUCACUUGGAGGGCUUGAGGUCUGAUCCAGGAUGGGAUGAUUUUCUUAUCAAGGUAACAUCUUUUUGUACAAAGCAUAAGAUCAAAGUUGUUGAUAUGAAGGCUCGAUAUCUGUCUGUUGAGCGACCUAGAAGAGGUGGUUUCUAUAAUGGUGCAGAUAAUUAUCAUCGCUUCCAUGUUGAUAUGUAUGUGAGCGUCAUUGAUAGGCAAAUUUCUGAGCUGAAUGGCAGAUUUGAUGAGGUAAACACUGAACUACUUUCUUGCAUGGCAGCAUUCUGUCCACUUCAUUCAUUUGCUGCCUAUGAUCAAGAGAAGUUGGUUAGGCUUGCUUCAAAGUUUUAUGCUAGUAAUUUCACAAUUGAUGAACUGGCAAGACUUCCAUGGCAAUUAGACUUGUAUAUUACUCAUGUGCGCAGAGAUGAAAGGUUUAAAAGUUUGAAGAAUAUUGUUCAACUUUCAGUUAUGCUUGUGGAGACAAACAAACAUGAACAAUAUUUUGUUGUUUACAAGCUUCUUAAGUUGGUACUGAUUUUGCCAGUAGCUACUGCUAGUGUUGAAAGGGUAUUCUCCUCAAUGAACUAUGUGAAGAAUAAGCUAAGGAACAAAAUGGGUGAUGAAUACUUGAACCAUUGUUUGGUUACAUUUGUUGAGAGGGAAUUCUUUAGUCAAGUGAAGGAUGAAGAUGUCAUCAAUGUCUUCCAACAAGGCGAUCGUAGAGUUAUAUUGUAA